AUGCCUCUUCAUACCGACGAAUUUCAAACUGCUCAUCAGAAUAAUAAUAAGGACUUUUAUCAGGUGAAGCACCAGGACAAACUCCAGGCUGCUUAUCAGGAUAAUAAUAAGGACUUUUAUCAGGUGGAGCAUCAGGACAAACUCCAGGCUACUUAUCAGGAUAAUAAUAAGGACUACUAUCAGGUGGAGCACCAGGACAAACUCCAGGCUGCUUAUCAGGAUAAUAAUAAGGACUUUUAUCAGGUGGAGCACCAGGACAAACUCCAGGCUGCUUAUCAGGAUAAUAAUGACUUUUAUCUGGUGGAGCACCAGGAAAAACUCCAGGCUAAUUAUCAGGAUAAUAAUAAGGACUACUAUCAGGUGGAGCACCAGGAAAAACUCCAGGCUGCUUAUCAGGAUAAUAAUAAGGACUUUUAUCAGGUGGAGCACCAGGACAAACUCCAGGCUGCUUAUCAGGAUAAUAAUAAGGACUUUUAUCAGGUGGAGCACCAGGACAAACUCCAGGCUACUUAUCAGGAUAAUAAUAACUUUUAUCAGGACGUACUCCAGGCUGCUUAUCAGCAUAACAAUAAGGAUUUUUAUCAGGUGGAGCACCAGGACAAACUCCAGGCUGCUUAUCAGGAUAAUAAUAAGGACUUUUAUCAGGUGGAGCACCAGGACAAACUCCAGGCUGCUUAUCAGGAUAAUAAUAAGGACUUUUAUCAGGUGGAGCACCAGGACAAACUCCAGGCUGCUUAUCAGGAUAAUAAUGACUUUUAUCUGGUGGAGCACCAGGAAAAACUCCAGGCUAAUUAUCAGGAUAAUAAUAAGGACUACUAUCAGGUGGAGCACCAGGAAAAACUCCAGGCUGCUUAUCAGGAUAAUAAUAAGGACUUUUAUCAGGUGGAGCACCAGGACAAACUCCAGGCUGCUUAUCAGGAUAAUAAUUACUUUCAUCAGGUGGAGCACCAGGACAACCUCCAGGCUGCUUAUCAAAAUAAUAAUAAGGACUUUCAUUAG